AAGGGGUUUUAGUCAGGCGCACGCUGUUCUUCAUCUUCCUCCUCAAACUCCUAAAAAUGCUAAAACCCACAGCUCUAUGAAAUCAUUUCCGCCAUUACAAUCACGCAUGAAACAUCUCCUUGCUCUACUCAUUCCUUGAGAUAAUCAUGCAAUUCGGAUCUUCCAAAACCCUCUUCUUCCGCGUCGCCGGUUUCUCUUCCACCUCCGUCUUCAAGCCGCGUCGCGCGAUCUCUGUUCCGGUCGGAAAUUUUUCUUCUUCUAGCUCGAUUUCCGCUCACUACACUUCUUUGAAGCGUUCUCAAUACGAGGAAGAUUCACGGAGUGUUAGGGUCCCUGUAUGGUGGGAUUUUGAGAACUGCCAUUUGCCGUCGGGUGCAAAUGUCUUCAAAUUGGCUCAAACCAUCACAUCCGCCGUUAGAAUCUGUGGAAUCAAAGGACCCAUCACCAUCACUGCCUACGGAGACAUGAUCCAGCUCUCCAGAACUAACCAAGAAGCUCUCUUCGCUACUGGAAUCAAUCUCACCCAUGUCCCUCAAGGUGGGAAGAACAGUACGGAUAGAUCUUUGAUAACAGAAAUAAUGUGUUGGGUUUCACAGAAUCCACCUCCAGCUCAUCUCUUCCUUAUCUCUAGUGAUAGCGAUUUCGCGAAUGUGCUACAUAGAUUGAGGAUGAGGAAUUACAACAUUUUGCUCGCGUGCUACGAAGAAACGACGCUUGGUGUAUUGUGCAGUGCUGCUUCGAUUAUGUGGGAUUGGGAUGCUUUAGUUAGAGGGCAAAAUCCAACUGCUAAACAUUUUAAUCAGCCACCUGAUGGUCCUUAUCAUUCUUGGUAUGGUCACUAUACAACUCCUCUUCUUGACCCAUUUGCCACAUCUACCAAUAAUAAGCAGAUAUCUUCUACUAGUGUCAAAACCGUAGAGUUGCUCGAAUUGGGUUCUUCUAAGUCUCGUCGUCCUAUUCCGAAUAAAGUUGUUAAGCAGAUUGGUUUGAUAUUGAGGUGGUAUCCUAAGGGAGCAGCCAUUACAGAACUCCGUGAGCAGCUGCGAAAGAGGAAAGUACUGUUAGAUAGAGACUUUUACGGAUAUAAGAGUUUUUCGAGGUUUCUGUUAUCUAUGCGGAAUAUCUUACAGGUUGUUCCUCUGGGAGAUGGUAUGUUUUCUAUUCAUGCUGUUACCCAGGGAAUGGAUAAUAAAGCCUUAUUGCCAAAAGUAAGUUGCGAGAAUCAUGCAGUUGUUAGUGUGGAAAAGAUGUGUCAGAAUAUGAAACAGAAUGAUAAAGAUGUCAAAGAGGAAUCUCAUCAAUUACAAGAGAGUUCUCAAGAGUUUGUUCAGGUAAUGAAGCUGAUGGAUGUUAAGGCAAAAGAGGAACCAGUUAAAGCAAAUCAGCUAGCUAUAACUGCUGUUGAUGAUGUUUCUUCUUUCGAGGAAAAAGACGGAUUUCUUAAGAAGCUAAAUAGACUAUUGUUUGGUUCACCUGAAAUGGAAUUAGAGCAUCUCCAAGAAAGGAAACAUAUUUCCGGAAAUGGAGUUCUUGGUGAAGGAAAAGUGGUGGAUAAGGACUUAGAAUCUCAAAUUGCAUCUUCUACCUCUAGUGAAUCUGCUGAGGAGGUAAAAGUAGACAAUGCAGUAGGCAACGGGAAAUCUAAGAGUCCAGGGCUUACAUGUCGACUUCUGAAGAGAUUCAAGUUUUCUUGGGGAAGAUAUACAGAGCUUAGCAAUGCAGCAGCAACCGGACCUCAAGUUGAUGACGUUUUUGUUAAAGAUUCUUUUUGGAAUGAUGUUGAAUCUUUCAUUAAUUCUCCAAGAGGCUUCGUCGCUGUUUCUCACUCAAGAUCAAGAGAAACAAUGGCUAAGAAUCUUAAGGAAGAAGGACCUUCAUCACUCAAACCGCUCGAUGUACCAAAAAUGCUUGAUUUAAUAUCUAUGUUAAUAUCAGAGAAGAAAUGGAUCCAAGAGAAUCCUUCGGAUGCUCUACCUUUUAGAGUAACUCGGUUCACUGAGGAAAGCUCUUGUCGUAGCAACCCUCGCACCACGGAUGGAUUGAGAGCGAUAUUUGUGAAUAUGUCAGAAUCGCUGUGUGACGGAGCAAAUGGUGAUAAAAAUUCCACCAACGUUGGUAUGAGCCAGAAACCUAAAGAAAGAUCGAGAAGCAAGGUAAUUGCGGAUUGUCAUAAGCUGAUAAAGAAGAUAACAGAGGAAAACGCUGGAGGUUAUAGCAUAACUAAAUUCAAGAAAGCCUUUUUGGAGAAAUUUGGAUACCGUUUAGAAUAUCGUAAAUUCGGUUUUUCGAAACUGCAGUCUUUGAUAGAAAUGAUGCCCGAGGCUAGGAUUGAAUCAGGGCACAUUGUUACUUCGUCAACCCCGGUUCCAUGUGAAUCUGAUUCAUCAUUCGAAGAUCUCGGUCCAGUUUCCAAAAAGAUUCAUGAGAAUGAGUCAUCUGUUUCAGAGGGAGAAGAUUAUGACUCAGAGAUGGAGGAAAAAGCUUCUUCAAAACAGAGCGGUGGGGAAAGGAAGAAGAAAGAAGAUGAAACAGAGAGUGAUUUACUUCAAAUUCUGGGUUCUUGGGACACUGAUAAGAAGCCUGCAAAAACUUUUGGUGAAGAUAAGCUUGUUGAGGGAAUAUUGAUGAGCUUGAGGAAGAAACCAUCAGGUGACUCUAGGAUUCAAGAUUGAAGAUGUUUAAUUUAACCGGGAAACAAACAACGGUAGGCUAAAGAUUCCGGUUUAUUAUAUUAGUUUUUGGUGGAGCUUCGGUUUGGCGAUUGGUUCUAUGUAAAAACCGUGGUAAUUGACCAAAACGAUUUUAAAUCGAUUUAGACCGUGAUUAACAAAAUUUAACAAAGAUAAAU